UUCUUAUUCUUCAAUAUUCAGUGUUGGCCGGUCUUCGGCCUUUACACAAAGGCUCAGGCCUCGAGGCUCGAGUCUGGAUGCUGUGGAUGCUGGACCCGUUUUUAUAGAAAAAUUUUUUUUAAAAAAAUUGCAUGAAAAAAAUUGUUUUUUGAAAUACAAGAAAAUUUUUUGUUUAAAAUUUUUUUUGUCGUUUGAAAUAAUUUUCGAAGAAGACGUGAAUCAUUUUUUUUGAAAGAUCAGCAUAAAUGUGUUCGAGAAAAGAAAAAUUUUUUUUCAAAAAUUUUAAACAACAUCAAAUGAAAAAAGUGUUAUUUAUACACUUUUUUGGGACUUUUGACACAAUUAUAAUUAAUGAAAAAACAAUUGGUCCACGGCAUCUAAAUUGUCAUCCUAAAUAUUCGUUUGAAAAAUUUAAUAACAAUAAUAAUUAUUAUUAUUAUUAAUAUAAAAAUUUUGAAUUUUUUUUCUUUCGUCUUACGUGCGUGAGGCUGUGAUAUUUAAAGUGAUAUUUAGCUACUAAUUUUUUGUCAACUUUUUGCAAAUCUGUCGCAAGGAAAUUGGAACAACAUUUUCAUAUUGAGAGAAGAAAUUUUUGGAAACUCUUCAAUAACUGUACCUCGCAACUGAUGUCCACGCAUCGGUUAUACGUUCUAGUAACACUCGUGCUUGCUGCGUCGCUUAUUAUUCCGCAAUUGGUUAAAGCUCAAUUGGAUCUCCUUCAAAAUGUUCAAAAACGAUCGGUGGUGAAUCAACAUUAUUGUGGAAAUCGUCUUUCAAAUGCUUUACAACUCUUCUGCAAUGGUCAAUACUAUUCAAUGUUCAAAAAAAGCGGUCAAGAAAUGGAGGUAGACGAAACGCCAUUUGCCUAUGAUGAAAUGUAUCCCUUCAGAUCCAGACAAAGUGCAAACGCAAUGAUUGGUAGAUUUGGCGGUGGUCGAUUUAGAAGAUAUUCACGCGGUGUCCACGACGAGUGUUGCGCAAAACCAUGUAGUAUCGAUGAAUUAACCAGCUAUUGUGGCUUUUAAAUCAAAAAUUAUUAUAUAUAUAUGUCUUUCAUUAAUAAUAAUAAUAACAAUUGUUUCUAUAUAACUUCUUUCAAUACUCCAAAAAAAAAAAAAUUCUAAUUCUACUUCGUGAUUAAGACACACGAAUUACGACGAUGACGACAAUUAAUUUAUAUUAGAUCAAAAUGUAAUAAAGGAAGUAAAAAAAAAAUUAUAUCAAUAAUUGAGAGUAUAAGACGAUAAAAUAAAACGAAAUAUAUAUUUAAAUAAAACUAUAGGUAAAACACGUAUAACAAAACAAA